GCUUCACUCCGAGGGCCUUCUCCAUCUUCGCCAGCACCGCCUGGCUAGGCACCGCCUUGCCGUUCUCGUACUCCUGCACCACCUGAGGCCGCUCGCUGAUCAGUUUCGCCAGCUGCGCCUGGCUCAUCUUCUUCUCCGCCCGCGCUCUCUGUAUCGCCUGCCUCACCUCCGGCGCUACCCUGUCCAGCGCCGCCGGCUCCGUCCCCUCGUCCAGUUUCCGCGAGUUCGCCGCCGCCGCUGGCGCCUUCUUGUUCGUGCCGCCGUCGGACUUCUUCACGGUCUGGACCGGCGCUCCGGUACGGAGCGCCCGGUUCACCGUCUUUGGGUCGCGGAGGUUGUGGCCUUUCGGCCUCGGCUUGUGCAGAACCACCGGCUCCCAGUCCUGCGUUAUCGCCUCCGGAUUCCUGCUCGGCAUCUUCGAAGGAAAUACAGGCGCAGAGUGUUUAUGAGAUUGAUCGGAGAAAAUGGCUGCUGUUUGCGGAAACGACGUGCCGGAGGACGACGAAGAACAUCUUUAUAGUACCAGGUGGAGGCUCUGGAAGGUUCUUGCGGUGCCUGCCAAGUGGCAGACGGUGAUUUAUUAUCUGGAAGGGUCUCAGAAUGCAGCGUCAGAAAUCGAUACUGUCGUUCUUGAAGAAACCCUCGCAGGAGAACCAGAAAUCCGGAGGUUCAUCCGCUGGAGAUAUGCUCCACGGUCGGCAUCAACCUCCCAUGGACUCCUCUCACGAAGUCCUUGGAACCGAUACCCCGCCGGAAAAGGUGCCGCGUCGGAUUUUACCAGGCAGCCUCCCAGCGAACAACGACGAGGCUAGACCUUCUCUGUUCUCGAGCAUCAUGCAUAAGUUUGUGAAAGUUGAUGAUCGCGAAAAGUCUUGCGGGAGGAACAAGGCAUUUGGUGGCUCCUCUAAUUUUUGCUCAGAGUCUUCUAGUAAAUUGAGCAAACUAGAAGAAUUGAGCGGACAAAAAGCAGCUUCUCAGUCCCCUGGAGAGAACAGUGUUCUCAAUUCAAAUGUAUUAGUUGAUAAUGGUUGUUCGUUGCAUAUUGAAAGUGAUGAUGAUGUUCUUGGACCAGAAACACCGGGUAUGCGACCCCUUGUUCCUCGUUUGAAACGAAUUCAAGAGGAAUGUUAUAAUUUCAAAGAUAAGAAUGAUUGUUCAUUGCAAAAUUCUAGCAAAAGAAUUAAAUUUCUUCCGGAUUCAAGGGCUGGGCACAAGAAUGAUGUGGAAGAAUCUGAUACAAUUAGUAAGUUUGAAUGGCUCCAUCCUUCUCGAAUUAGGGAUGCUAACAGAAGGAGACCUGGUGAUGCUCUGUAUGACAAACAGACGCUUUAUAUUCCACCUGAUGCUUUGAAGAAAAUGACUGCUUCUCAAAAGCAAUAUUGGGAAGUGAAAUGUCAAUAUAUGGAUGUUGUGCUCUUCUUUAAAGUGGGAAAAUUCUAUGAGCUCUAUGAACUGGAUGCUGAAACUGGUCACAAGGAGCUUGAUUGGAAAAUGACCUUAAGUGGCGUGGGAAAAUGUCGACAGGUUGGCAUCUCUGAGAGUGGGAUUGAUGAUGCUGUUCAGAAGUUAGUUGCUCGCGGAUAUAAAGUUGGACGGAUGGAGCAGUUAGAGACAUCUGGUCAAGCAAAAGCCAGAGGUGCUAAUUCUGUGGUUCAAAGAAAACUAGUUCAUGUGAUUACUCCGUCCACUACAAUUGAUGGUAACAUUGGGCCUGAUGCUGUUCAUCUCCUUGCUUUAAAAGAGGGUAACUUUGAGCUGGAGAAUGGUUCAACUGCAUAUGGGUUUGCAUUUGUUGAUUGUGCUGCAUUAAAAUUUUGGGUGGGUUCCUUGAGUGAUGAUCCUUCUUAUGCAGCGUUGGGAGCUUUGUUGAUGCAAGUGUCACCUAAGGAAGUUAUACAUGAAAGCCAAGACCUGUCCAAAGAAGCUCAGAAAGCACUUAAAAAGUAUUCGUCAGCUGGUUCCACUGCAUUGCAGUUGACUCCUGUACUGCCAGGAACAGAUUUUGUGGAUGCUUCCAAAGUUAGAAAUUUGAUUCAGUUGAAUAAAUAUUUUAAAGGUUGUUCCAACUCAUGGGAUCAUGCAUUUGAUGGUGCUUUUCACAAUGAUCUUGCAUUAUGUGCUCUUGGUGGACUUAUUGGUCAUUUAUCCAGGUUGAUGUUAGAUGAUGCUUUACACAAUGGAGAGAUAUUACCGUACCAAGUUUACAGUGGUUGCCUCAGGAUGGAUGGGCAGACACUUGUCAAUCUAGAGAUAUUCAAUAACAAUGCUGAUGGCAGUCCAUCAGGUACACUCUACAAAUACCUUGAUAACUGUAUAACAUCUUCUGGUAAGCGGGUCUUGAGAAACUGGAUCUGUCAUCCACUGAGAUCUGUUGAUGAAAUCAAUAAUAGGCUUAAUGUUGUUGAGAAGCUAAUGAUGCAUUCAGAAAUUAUGCUGCUUAUUGCUCAGAACCUUCGAAAACUUCCUGACUUAGAAAGAUUACUUGGAAGGGUUAAAGCAAGUGUUCAGUCAUCAGUUUCACUCGUGCUGCCCUUCGUUGGCAGAAAAGUGCUGAAACAGAGAGUGAAAGCGUUUGGGUCUCUUGUUAAAGGCCUACGGAUUGGAUUGGAUUUGUUGAUUUUAUUAAAGGAGGAUCAUAUAUUCUCCCUCUUGUCAAAAAUUUUAUACCUUCCGGUGCUAACUGGUAGUAAUGCACUUGAUGUAUUCCUUACUCAAUUUGAAGCAGCUGUAAAUAGUGACUUCCCAAAUUACCAGGACCAUGAUAUAACAGAAGGAGAUGCUGAAACACUCUCUAUUCUGGUUGAAUUAUUUGUUGAGAGAGCUACUCAGUGGUCCCAAGUUAUACAUGCCAUCAAUUGUAUUGAUGUACUACGAUCUUUUGCCGUCACUGCAAAUUUUUCAUGUGGGCCAAUGUCUCGACCUGUUAUUUUACCUUGUUCAGAAUCUGCAUCAGGAGGGCCUAUUCUUAAAAUCAAGGGGCUAUGGCAUCCAUUUGCCAUUGGAGAGAAUGGAGGACUUCCUGUCCCAAAUGACAUUCACCUGGGUGAGCAUACAGAUGGCUAUCAUCCCCACACAUUGCUGUUGACUGGGCCAAACAUGGGUGGGAAAUCAACUCUUCUGCGUGCCACUUGUUUGGGUGUUAUAUUGGCUCAGCUGGGCUGUUAUGUGCCUUGUGAGAUGUGCAUUCUUUCACUUGUGGAUAUCAUCUUCACGCGGCUUGGUGCCACUGAUCGGAUCAUGACUGGCGAGAGCACCUUCUUUGUUGAGUGUACAGAAACAGCAUCAGUUCUUCAAAAUGCUACUCAAGAUUCUCUGGUUCUCCUUGAUGAGCUGGGUCGAGGUACCAGCACGUUCGAUGGAUAUUCCAUUGCAUACGCUGUUUUCCGCCAUCUGGUUGAAAAGGUGAACUGCCGGCUGCUGUUUGCAACACAUUAUCAUCCCCUCACAAAAGAGUUUGCGGCUCAUCCUCGUGUUACACUGCAACACAUGGCCUGUACUUUUAAGCUGAAACCUGAAGCCUUUUCUGAAGGUGAUCAAGAGUUGGUUUUUCUCUAUCGGCUUGCCUCUGGAGCUUGUCCAGAGAGCUAUGGAUUACAAGUGGCGCUCAUGGCUGGGAUCCCAAAACAAGUGGUCGAAGCUGCCUCAAAAGCUGGGGGAGUAAUGAAAGAAUCAAUCGGAGAAAGUUUCAGGUCAAGUGAACAGAGAUCAGAAUUCUCAACUCUUCAUGAAGAAUGGCUGAAGACCCUUUUAGCUGUCUCUAGCAUAGGAGAGUGCAAUUUGGAUGAUGAUGCCUAUGACACAUUGUUUUGCUUGUGGCAUGAGUUAAAGGGCUCAUAUCGGUUGAGUAACUAAAAGAGAAUGUAAUGAUAGUGUUGUAGGAAAUGCGAAGGCAGCUAGAUGCAUGUACAUGUGGAAUUAUUAGGACAUUUUACCCCUUUUGGGGAGAUAUGCCCAAUUUUUUGUUUGUAGCUGAAUAGUUAGGUAAAGAAGUGCUUACCCUUCUGUGCCAAAAUCAAGCUAAUGAAGAUUGGUGUCUAUAGCUCGUGGAUUUAUGUAACUUCUGCCAAGGGUAGUUAGUUAAAAUUUUAGAGAUCGGAAAGAGCUUGGCAUGGAGGAGUUUGUUUUGGGCAAUAGUGAGUACUUUAUAUUUUGUAACGGUACAUGAACCCCAAAAUUAUAUUAUCUAAAUUUUAUUCUUUAUUAACA